AUGGAAAUGAAAACAGGCCCGCCUUGGUAAGGCUAGUUUGUUGCGAGCCAGAGUUUUCUGCUUGAAUGUUUGCGAGAGGGGACUCUACAAGUACCUGCUGCUACGUUCUUUGUUUUGACUUCUGACAUGUCACCUCCAUCGUUGUUAUAUACCCAGUGACGCUUCCCUUGCCUUUGAGGUAGCGAACCAGAAAAAAGAGCCAUGGCAUUGGAUGACUUCAGAACUCUGGUGACCAGGAGCUCCUUUUGGAUCUAUGUUGUGCUGGCAGUGCACUUUGCUGAAUGCCUCUUGAUUCUCUCGAAGCUACCAGGAGAUGAGCCCUUCCGGGUGGUCGAGGGCUUUACCCUUUCUCAGCCAUUGCAGUGGAGCCAGAUGGCCUUUUGCCUUGCCAGCGUCUUCUUCAUUGUGCAGGCCUACAUCGGAGCAGUCUACAUGUUGGAGAGCCAUUUGAACUUGUACUAUUACUUUCUUGUGGCUUCCAUUUCGGUGGACAUCGCCUUCCUUUUCGCCUUCAUUUGGGCUUGGCUGAGUGCCCUGCCCUUUGCGAUUUUCGUCGCUGGCAGCGUUGUGUUCAAGCUGACAGCGCUAUACAUCACGUCAAAGUAUUCCAAGCUGGUUAGGAGCCAAUACAAUGCAGAGCUGCUACCGCAUCUGAAGAGCGCCUUGGGGCGGUCUUUCAAUGCACCUCAGUUUCAACCCGCGCCGCGCGUGGCAUCGAUGCAGGAGCGCCCCUCACCGGAGUACGAUGGUGGGCAGAAGGCCUAUCAGACGAUGCCUGAGUUCCGCCAAUCUCCUUCACGCCUCGUGAGGGUUGUUCAGUGA